AUGAAAGCUGAGCUGACAGCUGAGUUGGACACUGCUUGGUACAUGAACAAGUCCUCACCAAGGACUGGCUUUGAGAGUAGGGGACGUGAGGUGAGUCUGCACUUGUCGGUUGAUCUCGAGAGGAAUUGGUUGAGGGCCGCUACUCUGCCCGUCAGACUUUGUAUCUCCUUCACCGUGGAGGACGACUUCAUCUCGAGAAUGGCUUUGAUUUGA